AUGGGUUCCUCCUCCAUGAUGAUUCCGAAGCCAUGGGCAUAUUUGGUCUUCUUAUGUAUUAUUUCACCAUCUGCUGAAGUUGUGAUGGGAAAUGUACUGAAUUACACUCUUGCUGAUAUCAGUGAGCAAUCUAUGCUUAAAAUGCAUACAUUAGAGAUACGCCUGUAUGUUGUUUGUGCUGUUUUGAGAGGCAUAACUUUCAGUGAGUUGAAGAAAUUCGUUUCAACCCAACUGCCUAGUUUAGUAUAUAUAUGAUCUUUUACAGUUGCAUGUGGUUAUAUAUGGAGUUGCAUAGUAGAAUCAAGAAACGAUGAGUUUGAACUUUUUGGUUUCACCAUCGAUUGGAGAGCACAUUUGGAUCCACCGAUCCCUGCAGCUUAUUUUGGUAACUAUGUGACGUUUUGUGGAAACAUGGAUAAAACGAAGCUGUUAAUGGGAAAGGAGGGAUUUGUUAACGCUGCUAAAUUGCUUGGAGAAUGUCUACAUGAGACUUUUACUGAUAAAGACGGAAUCGUGAAAGAUUUAGGAUCGUUUGAAGAUUUCUUGUCUGAACUGAAGCCAACAACAAUGAUCGGGGUUGCUGGAUCACCGAAGCUCAAGUUUUACGAUUUGGAUUUCGGAUGGGGGAAGCCUAAUAAGCAUGAAACGCUUUCGAUAGAUUAUAAUGGAUCCAUAUCCAUGGCUGCGUGCAAAGAUCAAAGUGAAGAUCUGGAGAUUGGUGUGUGUCUUUCGGCUACAGAGAUGGAGGUUUUUGUUCGUAUCUUUAAUGAUGCACUAGAAACGUACAUUUAGAUUAAUCAAAUUAUCUUUGUUGGUCUAUGUUUUUUCUUGUUGAUCUGA